AUGCCUCCCAAAUCAAAAUAUGUAAUUGUUCGAUUGGCUUCUGUAAUCUCCGGUACUACAAAAGUGUGGAUUCGUGAAAGGGCAGCACCAAAAUUUUCAGGAGUUUUUUUUGAUCCAGCUGUUGGGAAAGAUACAACAUUUGAAGAAAUUCAAAAAGUAAAAGGAAAAAAUAAUUUAACUCCAAAGGUGAAACAGAUGUAUAAUAUACCAUAA